AAGCUGUCUAUUCAGAGCACUUUUUUCUCUACUUUGUGCUGAUAGGUUGCCAGGCUCUGGAAACCUCCUGCGGGUGCUUGACUAACUGAAGAUCUCAAGGGCCAUGAUGACAGUAAUGAACACCAUGAAGACAAUCACUCUGGCCCGCUUAAACAAGCAGCUGAAGACUAUGUGGAACCCCUCAGCAGUGGCAGCACGACGACUCUGCAGUCUCGUCACCUGCACUCCUAAAAACAGGAAUGAGGCAUUGCAUCCGCUUUGGCAGAGCCCGCUCUCCAUCCCCGGGGGCACACGCCAGUCUCCUAUCAACAUCCAGUGGAGAGAUAGCGUUUACGACCCCUUUCUGAAGCCCCUGAAAAUCAGCUAUGACCCCAGCACGUGUCUGCACAUCUGGAACAACGGGUAUUCAUUCCUGGUCGAGUUCGAUGAUUCUACUGACAGAUCAAUAAUCAUGGGAGGUCCCUUGGAAAACCAGUACAGGCUAAAGCAGUUCCACUUCCACUGGGGAGCCAUAAACGAGUGGGGUUCCGAGCACACAGUCGACAGCAAAGUUUACCCAGCAGAGCUGCAUUUAGUACACUGGAAUGCUGUUGUGUACCCAACUUUUGAAGAAGCUGUAAUGGAAGGUAACGGCUUGGCUGUCAUUGGAGUAUUUUUAAAGCUAGGAAAACAUCAUGAAGGACUGCAGACGUUGGUAGAUGCCUUGCCAGCAGUUAAACACAAGGACACGAUUAUUGAGUUUGAUGUCUUUGACCCUUCAUGUUUGAUACCUUCCUGCCCUGACUAUUGGACCUAUGCAGGCUCCUUGACCACUCCCCCACUUACAGAAUCAGUCACAUGGAUUAUUAAGAAGAAGCCAAUAGAGGUUGAUGAAAAUCAGCUGGAGGCAUUUCGGAUGCUGCUCUUUACUUCAGAUGGCGAAGAAGAAAAGAGAAUGGUAGACAACUUUCGCCCUCUUCAGCCGUUAAUGAACCGAACCGUCCGUUCAUCCUUCCAAAACACCCAUCUCUUGAAUAUUGAAGCACAGUCCAAGGACCAUGCUCAGCAGAUCGGGCCGUAGAUGGCCCCCGAAAUGUCAGUCCAGAUUGUAACACCUGGAAGUAACUGACAUUGUUUUACCAUUAUUUUCCCUUCUUUUUUGCAGUAUGUAUAUGCCACACAAUUUCACAGCCAGCCAUUUUCAGUUCUACUAAGUGCCAUUGAGAAGGAGUGCAUAUUAACUCUUAACAACUUUGCUCACUUUAAAACAGAGUUCAAUACCUGUUAGUACGUGCCAG